AUGGAUAUUGAUGAUGAAUGUUGUAGACAGUACAGUACAAUGGCGUUGUUGGAGAGUGAUUCGUCGAUAGCAGAUGAUACGAUCAGAUUGAUGGAUGGAGGGGAUCAGAAUGCUUCAUUGCUUUCAAGAAUAUUCUUUUGCUGGACAAAUGAUCUCAUUCGAAAAGGAUAUCGACUGCAGUUGAACAAUAUAAAUGAUCUAUUCACGCUGCCAUCUUCCCUGGAAAGCGAUCAGGUUGAGCGAGAGUUUAUUGAGGCUGCGUCGACACGUUUUGUGGAUGAUGAAGAGUUUUCGUUAACAAAAGCACUUUUUCGGGCGUUCGGCUUGCAGUUUUUUGCAUUGGGCAUACUGAAGUUGAUAUCAGAUACACUCACGUUUGCCGGACCGAUACUUCUGCAUUUAUUGGUGGUUUGUCUUGAGGAUGAGAAGUGUGUGGAAGACGGUUAUAAUUACAGUUUACUGAUGAUGAUUGCAACAUUUUUUUCCGCAAUCACUUCAGCGAAUUUCAACUUUUACAUCAGUAAAAUUGGUCUGAAGAUACGUUCAGCUAUUUCAACUGCAGUCUAUGAUAAACUAUUACGUGUAUCUCUCUCAACACUAUCGGCGUUCUCAUCGGGUCAGAUUUUGAACUUUAUGAGUACCGAUAUCGAUCGAAUCGUCAAUUUUUGCGGCUCUUUCCACGCGUUCUGGAGUUUGCCACUGCAGUUAGGCAUCGCACUCUAUCUUCUUUAUCGCGAGGUUGGUCUGGCGUUCCUGUCAGGAUUGGUGGCCUCACUUCUGUUGUUACCAAUAAACAAAUGGAUAACGUCAGCAAUUGGACGACUCUCAACGAAGAUGAUGCACUGCAAAGAUCAGCGUGUCAAAUUGAUCAGUGAAACGGUGCAUUCGAUUCGAACAGUUAAGCUGUCGAAUUGGGAAGCCGAAUUAGAGCGUCGUAUUUUGAGUUUACGACAAAAAGAGAUACAUUAUUUGAAAGGACGUAAAUAUUUGGAUGCGAUAUGCGUGUAUCUGUGGGCAUCGGCCCCGAUCCUGAUUACUAUCUCUAUUUUUGCAACAUACACAAUGGUGUUGCACGAACGACUCACUGCAGCCAAGGUAUUCACAUCAUUGGCAUUGGUAAAUAUUCUGAUUAUGCCACUGAACAAUUUCCCGUGGGUGCUGAGCGGUCUGAUUGAGUCGUUUGUCUCGAUAAAACGUUUGAAUCGAUUCUUUGAAUUGGACAAUAUCGAUAUCGCAACACUUUAUUCACUCACAACAGAUUCAUCUCAACCGCUGCAAAUCAGUGAUGCGAAAUUCUCGUGGAGAAGCGGAUUUUCACUGAAUAAUGUGACAAUUAGCGGAAAUGCGGGUACAGUCAUCGGACUGAUCGGAUCUGUUGGAUGCGGGAAAUCGACGUUCUUGUUGGGUAUUCUUGGUGAGACGGAUGUCUUAGCGAAUCGGAUUGGAAUACGUCAAAGUACGGUACGAAAUGGUUUUGCGUAUGUAUCGCAGAAUUGUUGGUUGAAGCGCGGAACGUUGCGUGAGAAUAUCGUUUGCGAUUCACAGUUCGAUGAGCCCUUCUACGCAGAGGUGAUUCGAUGCACGGCAUUGAAAACCGAUAUUCAGGCAAUGCCUGGAGGAGAUGAGUAUGAAAUCGGCGAUGGAGGUUGUACGUUGAGCGGAGGUCAGAGGGCUAGAGUGGCUCUCGCGAGGGCAUUGUAUCAGAAUCGUGAGAUCUACUUGCUGGACGAUCCGUUUGCAUCGGUCGAUAUGAAAGUGGGCACAUGGAUCUGGAAUGAAGCGAUUAUUCGGAUGUUGCGUUCAAGAGGAAAGUUGGUCAUUAUAGCAACACAUCAUAUAAAUUUUUUGAAAGAUGCUGAUCACAUUCUUGUUUUGGAUUCAUCCGGCAACAUCACUAAACAAGGCACACCAUCAGUAAUUCUGGCCGAGUCAGAAUUUGAGGUGCAGUCGUCGAAGGCGUUUGACUCUUUGGAGGAAUCACCCGAAUCUGAUGAAAACGUUGAACAAGUUAUGAUGCUCGAUGAAGAAAAACAGCGUGGUAAAGUGCGAUUGAGUGUAUAUGGUGCAUAUAUGAGCGCAACAGGUGUAUUUCUAUCGCUUGUCGUGUUGUUAUCAGUAGCGCUCAUGCAGUUGUCGAAGAAUGUCUCCGAUUGGUGGUUAAGCCAAUGGACAUCACAGUACAACAAUAUUAGUAAUGUAACCGAUCCAAAGUUUGAUUCGAGCGCUGAUUUCAAUUUGAACAGACAUUUUGUGGAGAGUCAUUCGAAUGUUUUGAUUACAUCGCCAACAGUUAUAAAUGGGGCAUCAGUAAACAGUUUUUAUGAUUACACAUAUCCUUUCGGCAGUCGAUCGAUAUUACGACUUAAUGAUGAGGAUUACGAUCAAACGAUGUACUUUUUGAUGGUGUUCGCUGGUUUGGCGUUUUGCAAUACGUUGUUCACAUUGAUUCGUGCGUUUCUGUUCGCGUACGGUGGAAUCGUGGCCGCAAAAAAUCUUCACAACAGAUUGUUGCAUCGCGUGCUCAAUGCGGCGUUAUCGUGGUUGGAUCGUACACCGUCAGGUCGUGUCAUUAAUCGUUUGUGCGCAGACGUGUACAUCGUUGACGAUUCACUGCCGUUUCAGUUAAACAUCCUUUUGGCGUGUUCAUUCAACUUGAUUGGUUCUAUCGUGUUGACGUUCAUCGCAUUGCCAUUCCUGUCACCAGUCCUGUUGGCGCUCUUCAUUAUCUAUUACUUGAUCCAGCGUUAUUAUCGUUAUACGACGUGUGAUGUGAAGCGAUUGACUUCGUUGAGUCUAUCGCCGUUGUACAGCCAUCUGUCAGAUACAAUCAACGGACUGAGUACGAUUCGAGCGUUUCGUUUUGUGGAUCAUUUUUGUUUGACACUGCGAAAACGUCUGAAUGAUAACAUCCGAAGUCAGUUCUCAUCGCUGGCUGCCUCGCAGUGGCUCUCGAUACGCCUGCAGAUUCUGGGCGUUUGCAUGGUAUCGGCUGUAACGUUAUCCGCGGUUCUACAUCGAACUUUUCACUAUGUAGAUUCUGCUCUGGUUGGCCUGGCGAUAACGUACGCACUCUCGAUGACCAAUCUUCUGAAUGCGUUGUUGAAUUCAUUCAUUGAAACUGAAAAAGAGUUGAUAUCGGUCGAACGAAUUGCUGAAUAUAUUGAGGACACACCGCAAGAAAGUAACAACUUCCCUAUUCCGAUAACACCCAAUAUAAGAGGUCGGAUUGAUUUCGCAUGCGUGAGUCUGCGUUAUGGUUACGGUUUACCGUUGGCACUAGAGAAUGUUUCGUUUCAAAUUGAGGCUGGAAGUCGAGUGGCGAUAACCGGUAGAACGGGAUCUGGGAAAAGCAGUUUGAUUCAAGCGUUGUUGAGGGCAAACCCGAUCGAUUCUGGUCGGAUCUUCAUCGAUGGUAUAGAUAUAGCAUCAGUGGAAUUGCAUUCGUUACGAGCAAUAUUCGGUAUUGUCACUCAGUCGCCAUUCGUUUUCUCGGGAACAUUGCGUGAUAAUCUCUGUCUUGGACAUCAUUUCUCUGAUCAACAACUCAAAGUGAUCACGAGUAUUGCAAAUUUUGCAAUUCUAUCGCAACGUUUGGGUGGAAUUGAUGGUGUAAUUGAAGAGGGUGGAGCGAAUCUUUCUUUUGGAGAGAAACAAAUCAUAUCAAUAUGUCGUUUAAUACUUCAUCGUCCAAAGAUAGUAAUAUUCGAUGAAGCAACUGCACAUAUGGAUUCAGAAACACAUACGAAUAUCACAAAUAUUGUUCGAAAUCUACUACCGUCAGUGACGGCGAUUUCCAUACUGCAUCGAAUGAACGAUAUCGCCAGUUACGACUCAGUGAUUCGUUUGGACAGUGGCAAAAUUGUAUGGCAAGGCCCGCCAAGUCAGCUCGACUAA